AUGCCAACUCUGCGUGAAGGCUAUUUGCUGGUCAAGACUGUGGCCGUAGCAGUCAACCCGACCGAUUGGAAGCACAUUGAUCACUUCGUCAAGGAGGCUGGCCCUCUAGUCGGGUGUGACUAUGCCGGAAUUGUUGAGCAGGUCGGACCCAACGUCACCAAGCAGUUUGCCAAGGGCGACCGUGUGUGCGGAAUGGCACACGGCGGCAAUGUGUCUCAGCACGAGGACGGUACCUUUGCUGAGCACAUUGUCGUAAAAGCUGAUGUUCAGAUGAAAAUCCCAGACAAUCUGAGCUUCGAAGAGGCAGCCACUCUCGGCGUCGGCCUCAUCACCGUCGGCCAGGGUCUCUACAGGUCUUUGGGCCUUGCGCAGCCGACGAACCCGACCACUGCGGGCGAGACCAUCCUGAUUUACGGCGGCAGCACCGCGACAGGUGCCUUAGGCAUUCAAUUUGCCAAAGCCUCCGGCUACAGGGUCAUCACUACCUGCUCGCCGCACAACAUCGAGCAGGUUCGGGCUCUCGGAGCGGAUGCCGUCUUUGACUAUCGGGACCCCGAAUGCGGCGCCAAGAUUCGAGAGUACACCGAAAACCGACUCACUGUUGCCUGGGACACCAUUUCCCUUCCCAUUUCGGCCAAAAUCUGUGCCGAUGCGCUGACGAGCGGUGGUGGUGCCAAGUACUCGUGCCUACUUCAGCACCAGUUUCCUCGAUCCGACAUCAAGCCAGACGUUACCUUGGCCUACACUGCCUUUAACGAAGAAUUCAACAUUAUGAAUAAAACAAUCCCCAUCCUGCCGGGCGAUUUCGAAUUCAUAAAAAAAUUUAUCGACAUCAGCAGAGAGCUGCUACAGACUGGCAAGGUCAAGGUCCACACGCCGCGUGUGGAAAGGGGCCUCGACAAGGUCUUGGAAGGUCUUCAGUUGCUCAGAGAGAACAAAAUCAGUGGCGAGAAGCUUGUUUACAUUGUAUAA